AUAUAUAUAUAUAUAUAUAUAUAUAUAUAUAUAAACGGUGCCGUAUUUAAACCCUGAAGUGAAGGGCGUAGGAAAAAAGAACAAAUCAGCCACAAUUUGCUUCUUCUACUUCAUACAAUACAAACCCACACUCUCACCUCACCGCUCAACACAAUCUGAAGAGAAGAAAGUAUCAAAAAACCGACGGCAAUGGCGACACGGGUGGCAGCAAGGCAUGCAUCCAGAAGGCUAUUUAGCAGUGGCACUGGGAAAGUUCUCGGUGAGGAGGAAAAAGCUGUAGAAAAUGCUUACUUCAAGAAAGCUGAGCAAGAGAAGUUGGAGAAGCUUGCUCGCAAGGGUCCUCAACCAGAAGCAAAGCCAGCUGAAGGCUCAAGUGGUACAGUAACCGAUGCCAAACCAAGUAGCUCCGGUCAUGCCGAAACAUCAAGUGCCAAAGUUUCAACUGACAAAUACCGGAAUUAUGGUGUUGUAGCCGGCACUAUAACAAUUCUGGCAGCUGUAGGGUGGUACCUUAAAGGCACUGCAAAGAAGCCAGAAGUGCAGGAUUGAAGAUUUCAGUUGUGAUGCUUGUUUUUGAUUUCGAUUUGGUUGCAACAGUUGCACAAAAAUAAAUAACUACACAUCACUCUGCUUUUAUUCCAUCAUACUGUUAGCAUGGAUUACUUCCUUUUUGCUUACAUUGUUUUCCAUAUGACCUAUCAACUAUAUAUCCUUACUACCUCUUAGCAUGAAGAGCAUCAACAGUGAAACUGUAACAUGCGAAAUGGGAAGGAUAUUUUUUGUAAGAAAAAUCACAUUCAGAGACAUUUCAACCGAGUUUAGGUUCAAUUUCCAGAA